AUGGCACCAAACGAGAACCUCUCACUUAAAGAGUUGACUCUUAAAACGACAAUCCUGUUGGCGCUUACGUCUUCAGCCAGGGCUCACGAACUCGCAGCAUUGCACUUGGAUUAUGUAUCCCAAAAGGAGAACGGUUGGGAGUUUGUAAUACCUAAACAUGUAAAGAAUUCUCGGCCGAAUCACCCAGCAAGAAAGAUUUAUCUUCCAUCCUUACUAGAAAACCAAAAGAUUUGUGCUAUUGAGAGUCUGAAACAAUACGUUAAUCGAACAGCUCGUAUUCGCAAGGACCAGCAUCUACUCGUGUCGUAUACCUCGCCACACUCGGCUAUUGGAAGUCACACUGUAUCACGCUGGAUACGCACUGUAUUGUCCACUGCAAGUAUUGAUGCUCAUUGA